CUAAUCUCACCAUUAAUCUUGUCAUUACGCAUCAUCUCCUUCCUUUAUUGGAAACUCCGACUUCUCCUGGAAUCGUACCCGAUUUGAAUUUUCUCGAGAUAAAAUAAUUACAGUACAAAAAAGUUCUCAUCUUCUUUCUCCGUCUUGUCGGUCACGUUUUUGUCAUCGUAACUAAAAAAUCAGCUUUUUAGAACUCCACAAGGUGAGAGCUUGAGAUAUGCAGAAGAAACGAGAGAUCUGUGAGUAUAGAGAUAAAUUAGACAAGACCUUGUCUUCUCCUGAACUCACCAAUCACGAGACUCUCAAAUCUCUUCUCAGAAACCAGCUUCAAGAGUGUGAUGAGAAUAUAUUGGAUAAAAGAACAGAUGAUGUAUCCAAGUUACUUAGCAAGCUUAGGAGUGUUUCAAUGACGGAUCAUCAAGUUUCUAAAUUAACCAACGAUGGUGAUUGGAAAUUGAAACAUGAUCUUGAAGAUUGCCGUGUUAUGUACCGUGAAGGGCUCGAUGGAAGUCCUUUUCACACGUUGCUUGUUGAAGGUUACAUGGAUGGGCCAAUCCACGAAUGUUUAUGUGUAUCGUGGGAAUCAACUCUCUACAAGAAAUGGUGGCCACAGUAUGCAUUUCCUCCAUUCAGGAUCUUAAAAAGCACAUGCUUGCAAAAGGUCGGGGUCGGUGAACAAAUUUGUUUAGCGAGGAUGAAGGUACCAUGGCCAUUGACGGAAAGAGAGAUGAUUCUGCACUAUUUCUUUUUUGAAUACUUUAAAGAUGGCUUAGUCGUCAUCCUUCUGAACACGAUCUCAGAUUUAGAUAGCAUUGGAGUUUCCUCUAAGGACAUCGUCAUACCUGAAUCACCGGAUGCAGUGAGGAUGGAUCUUGUAGGCGGAUUUGUUUUACAAAAGGUUACUCCACAGAGGAGUUACUUCAGAACGAUAGGGGAUAUGGAUAUAAAGCUGGACUUGAUCCCACCAUCUCUCAUGAAUUUUAUAUCUAGGCAGCUGAUCGGCAACGGUUUCAGACUAUAUAAAAAGUCAGUUGCUUCCGUAGCUAAAUUUGAUGAAGAUUACAGUAGAGCUUUAACUGAUCCGUUGUACACUAAGAUACGUCAAGCCCUAUAUUCAACUGAUGAAGCAAUUGAGGAAGUACCAAAGUUGGAAACCAAUGAAGUGAAUGGCGAUUACCUGCCAAAGAACGAACUUGAGAAUAAUGGAGAUGCUUGUGAAAAUAAACUUGUCCAUUGCAGAAGAACAGUUCCCGAGAUUGAAGAAGAAGAAGUUGAAGAUUCUGAGGAAAGUGUUUUUUCAGAGGAUGGAAAUGAAAUUGCCAAGACUCAUGUCGAUAGCAGAAGACGGUUUUGCGUCAGUCCAGAGGUAGAACAAGCUUUAGGGACUCUAGAUAGAGUAAUAUACAUGGUUAGAAAUAUAACGCCAGUCCCAGAAACCGAGGAAAUGUCGCCAAAUAGAGCAGAGGAUCAGGCAAAGCAAGUGAGUGUAUUGGAGAACAUUGAAAGUGUUCCUCAAAAAAAAGAGUCAAGCGAUUUUAGUCAAGAAGAGAAGAGAGAAGAGGAUACAGGACAAAAGCAGGGCAUGUUAAACAAAGUUAGUCUUAUCACCGCACCGUUGCUGUCGAUUUCAAGUCGAAGGGAACUCUUGAUGGAAUCAAAGAUGACUACUAGCGCGUCUGCUUCAAAAGAUCCUUUCUUUUGCUUGAAAUGGCCAUGGGAUUCAAACAAACAACCCAAAUCCUCUUCAAGCGUCUGCGACUUUCAAGGACCGUGGCUCUUCAGAUCUAUGCAAAGUAUUGGUUCAAUUGCUCUCAGCUCCUUGACUUCAUUUGGUCAAAACCCCAAUUUUAGACCAAAGAAGAAGCCUUUAAGUAGUUGUGAGCAAGGAGAAGCAGAGCAGAUGGCUUUUGCAGCUGCUUUAGCUAACCAGAAAGAAGCUACAGUACUUGAAUUUUACUCUCCCAAAUGCAGACUCUGCAAUUCGUUGCUCAACUUUGUUUUAGAGGUAGAGAAAAGGAAUUCAAACUGGCUCAGCAUUACAAUGGCAGACGCAGAGAAUGAGAAGUGGUUUCCUGAGCUUCUCCACUAUGACAUAAAGUAUGUUCCUUGCUUCGUUUUGUUGGACAAAAAUGGACAAGCUUUAGCCAAGACAGGAGUUCCAAGUAGUCGUGCUCAUGUCAUUGCCGGUAUCUCUCAUCUUCUCAAGAUGAAGCGACCACCGUCUGAGUAGUGAAACUAUGCUUGAUUCCACAUUUGAUGCAAACAAGUAAUCUCUAAAAGGUUGUGGAUGGUUUGUCUUUGGUGCAUAAAAAAUAAUAAUUGGAAUCAAAACCGCUGUUCUAG